AUGGGUAUUGGGGAUCUACCACCUCCAUCUGCAACUCCAUCUCAGCCACGAAAUAGGUCAAAAAGGUCUUGGACCUGGGAGCAUUUCACCAAGAUCUCUGGUAAUCGUGAGAACCCACAGGCGAGAUGCCACCAUUGUGGGUCACUUUGUGGAUGUCAUUCAAAGAAGCAAGGAACUGCUGUCUUAAUAGCCCAUCUUGGGAGUUGCCAACGAUAUAAAAUGUCGAAGGGAGAGGCAAUCAAUGAUCAGACCAAGCUCAGUUACGAAGCUUCUACGGCCACUAAUGGUACACAGAUUAAGAAAAUGGUCAUCCCUCAGUACAGUGAGAAAUUGGUGAGGGAUAUGCUUGCAGAAAUGAUAAUUAAAGAUGAGAUGCCUUUUACCACAGUCGAUAAAAGAGGCUUUCGAAAGUUUGUCAAGACUAUUGAGCCACGAUUUACAUUACCAUCACGGUAUACGGUGAUGCGGAAUUGUAUGAAGAAGCAUGCAAAAAAGAAGGCAGAGAUGAAGAAGAUGUUCACUACCACUAACUAG